AUGGCAGUUGUAGCGGAUAUAUUGAUUGUCGGAUGUGUUGCAUUAUUCUUGCACUGGUGUUUCGAUAUUUACAAGAAAAAUAAGAGGUUAGCACACAUACCUGGACCUCCCCCGAUUCCAUUUUUUGGAGUAAAGUUGCCAAUGAAUAGUUUCGCAAUAAAUACAUUCUUCGAUAAUCUAAUAGCAAAAUAUGGAAAAACAGUCAAGUAUUACUUAGGGACGCAACUCGUGGUUGCAACCUGUGAUGCAGAUUUGAUUCAAGCGAUUUUGCAAAAUCCAAAACACAUACGAAAGUCAAACGUGUAUGACCUUUACAGAUUGUUUUUAAGGGAUGGACUGGUACUGAGUUAUGGAGAAAAGUGGAGAGCAAGAAGAACACUCACUAAUCCGACAUUUCACGUUUCCAUAUUAAAAGAGUUUUAUACUGUUUUCAAAGAAGCAUCAGAUGUACUUGUAGGAAAACUUCAAGAAGAAGCUGAUAAAGAAAAUGUAAUAAAUGCUAUGGACUUUGCGUCGAAAUUGUCUUUAGAUAUUGUUCUAGAGACAUCGUUUGGUGUAAAAUUGAACAUCCAACAAGGAAGUAACCACUCUUACAUUAAAGCCACAAAUUACUUGGCCAAUUUAAUGUUUAUAAAAAAUUUCAGUCUAUGGAAACGCUUUGAUUUACCAUUUAAAUUUUUUGCCAAAGAAUAUAAGGAACAAGAGGAAGCUUUAGAAAUUUUAGAUUCCAUGGCGAUUGAGAUAAUUAAGAAAAAAAGAAAGAAAAAUGAGAAUUCCGACGAUGGUAGUGAACGUAUCAGAAAUAAGAGGUCUAUUUUGAUUGAUGCACUAAUCGAACAUCCUGAGUUAUCGGAUGAUGAUAUUUAUGAAGAAAUUAGUAAUUUUCUUUUUGCUGGUUAUGACACAACUUCUACAACAAUAUCAUUUUUACUGCUUGAGUUAGCUGCACACCCAGAUAUACAAGAAAAAUUAUAUCAAGAAAUCCUGUAUCAUACUCAAGGAGAUAAAAAGAAUCUCAGUGUUGAAACACUGCAAAAAAUGACUUAUUUGGAUCAAGUUUUUAAAGAAAUUUUGAGGCUCAUAUCCACGGUUUCGAUAAUAGAAAGAAAAAUUGCAGAAGAUGUUAAAUUCGGUGAUACGGUUUAUCCAAGUGGAACAACCUUUUCCUUAUUACUUUAUUGGUUACAGAAUCAUCCUUCGUACUAUACUGAUCCAGAAAAAUUCGAUCCUGAUCGAUUUACUCCCGAAAAUCAGGCAAAACGGCAUCCAUUUGCGUUUGUUCCUUUUAGUGCAGGCCCAAGAAACUGUAUAGGUCAAAAAUACGCUACAUUACAAAUUAAAACAGUGAUAGCUAGGAUUAUAUAUGAAUUUAAAUUACUUCCUGUAGAAGGUUUUAAAAUGGUAUUAGGAAUCGCUGGUGUCACCGUGUCUAAACAUGGUUAUCCAAUAAGAAUACAGAAACGAAAAUGA